CCCUCAAACACUCAUUUAACUGCAAACCUGAGAGAGGACGGAGAAGACCUAUAGUACAUCUACUAAGUUAACUAUGUCUGUUUUUAGAGUUUCAAACGACAACCAAAUGGAUUAUAACAUCAAUGAGAUGGAUUCAAAACAUGGGAAAAUGAUACCUUGCCUAGAAGACCGUUUUGAUAGCGGCCUGGAUUCGCUAAAAGAGGACGAGUAUGGUAUCAUUGUAACAGAACUGGAGGGCUUGAAAGUGUCCACCUACGAAGUCACGCAAAACUCCUUGAGCAAUGAGCCUUGGAAAAAAAUUGUGACCGAGGAUGGAGAUACGUAUCUCCAUCUGGCCAUUAUUCAUGAAGCCACGGAACACGCUGAACAGAUGAUCAAACUGUCACAGAAUGAUGAUCAAUUCCUGGACGCUCAAAACAAUCAGAGACAGUCGGCCCUUCACCUGGCAGUGAUCACAGAACAGCCCCACCUGGUGGAGAGAUUAUUGAAGGCCGGGUGUGACCCACGGCUAGCAGAUGACAGUGGGAACACUGCCCUCCACAUUGCCUGUAAGAAGGGCUCACUCGCCUCCUUCAGUGUGAUCACCCAAAACUGCCGUCACCACCUGAGCUUCAUCCUGUCCUUCCCCAACUACAACGGACACAAUUGCCUACACCUGGCCUCCAUUAAUGGGUACCUCUCAAUGGUUGAGAGUCUUGUUCAGCUCGGCGCAGAUGUCAAUGCACAGGAACAGUGCAGUGGUCGCACGUCCCUCCACCUUGCAGUGGACCUCCAGAACCUGUCCCUGGUGCACCAGCUCCUUUCCCUGGGCGCAGACGUGAACAGUCUGACAUACGGGGGCUACACGCCGUACCACCUGACCUACGGGCGCCAGAACGCUGAGAUCCGUCUCCAGCUGUAUGAGAAGACUGCCCAGGAGCUCAGGGAGCUGCCCGAGAGCGAAUCAGAGGAGAGCGAGGAGGAGUAUCUGUCUGACGACGAACAGAUUUAUGAUGACAUUAUGUUCGGACAGAAUUAAAGGGGUCACAUCACGUGGUGUUGUGAAGCCUGUAAAGCUGCUACUGGUACCGUCCAGUCAAAGCACAGUAGGAACUCCCGAGAACCAGGAGCCUUCGGGAGACUCGCCUAGCGCUGGCCAAGAGACCAGGGAACAG